AUAAACCACACAAUCCUAUGGUAAAUGCUGGAGCAAUUGUUGUGACUUCAUUAAUAAAGCAAGGAGUAAAUAAUGCUGAAAAAUUUGACUAUGUGAUGCAGUUUUUAAAUAAGAUGGCUGGUAAUGAGUAUGUUGGAUUCAGUAAUGCAACGUUUCAAUCUGAAAGAGAAAGUGGAGAUCGAAAUUUUGCAAUAGGAUAUUACUUGAAGGAAAAGAAGUGCUUUCCUGAAGGCACAGACAUGGUUGGUAUACUAGAUUUCUAUUUCCAGCUAUGCUCUAUUGAAGUGACUUGUGAAUCAGCCAGUGUGAUGGCUGCAACAUUAGCAAAUGGUGGUUUCUGCCCAAUUACUGGUGAAAGAGUACUAAGUCCUGAAGCAGUUCGAAAUACACUGAGUUUGAUGCAUUCCUGUGGCAUGUACGACUUCUCAGGGCAGUUUGCUUUCCAUGUUGGUCUUCCUGCCAAAUCUGGAGUUGCUGGGGGCAUUCUUUUAGUUGUCCCCAAUGUCAUGGGUAUGAUGUGCUGGUCUCCUCCUCUGGACAAGAUGGGCAACAGUGUUAAGGGGAUUCACUUCUGUCAUGAUCUUGUUUCUCUGUGUAAUUUCCACAACUAUGAUAAUUUGAGACAUUUUGCAAAAAAACUUGAUCCUCGAAGAGAAGGUGGCGAUCAAAGGGUAAAGUCAGUGAUAAACCUUCUGUUUGCUGCAUAUACUGGAGAUGUGUCUGCCCUUCGAAGAUUUGCCUUGUCAGCCAUGGACAUGGAGCAGCGGGACUAUGAUUCUAGAACAGCACUCCACGUAGCUGCUGCAGAAGGUCAUGUUGAAGUUGUUAAAUUUUUGCUGGAAGCUUGCAAAGUAAAUCCUUUCCCCAAGGACAGGUGGAAUAACACCCCCAUGGAUGAAGCACUGCACUUUGGACACCACGAUGUAUUUAAAAUCCUCCAGGAAUACCAAGUCCAGUACACACCUCAAGGAGAUUCUGACAAUGGAAAGGAAAAUCAAACUGUCCAUAAGAAUCUUGAUGGAUUGUUAUAAUGGUCUUAAAUCCCAAGAUUUAAAUUACUUACCUAUUUAAUUGUGGAAAAUGAUUAUGAAGAACGUGUGUAUUUCUAUCUGGUAGUGAUGUAUAUUUUACAUUUGUCAUUUCAGUGUUACUGGAGUUUUCUUCAUUGUGCACAGGACAAAUCUGAUUUCUUUGGGAAAAAAUAGAAAUAAAACAAUCUCCCUCCAUAAUGUGAGCAAUAUUUACCAUGCAUUGUAUAAUUUGAUGUAAAAGAAAUAGUUAUGCUAGCUUAAUUGUGUGGUCUUCAAGAUUUAUUUGUGUGUUUUGUGAAUUUUCUAUUUAUGGUGAUGAUAUCUGACCUGCAUUUAUAAAGUGAGUUCUGUGCAACAGUCUGUCCAAAGGAGUCAAGGCUGUCUUUAGAAGCAAACAGUGUGAUUUUCAAGACAUCAGAUAUAGAUUUAGUUUGAGUGUUUGAACAACUAUAUGCACUUACGGUUGAUUGUUUAAAAUGUCUCCCAUCACCCUCACCUAACAGGACUCUUUAAAAUUAUAUAGUUAACAACUGUUAGUAGAAUAAGCCAAUUCUGAUUAGACUUUAUCAGGGAAUCUGUUUAAGAUAUGUAUGGUGACCAAAAAUGUACACGUGAAUAUAGUUAUACUUUUCGAAAUACUUCCUUUUUCUAUAUCCCCUAAACCAGCCUCUCUUCUCAGAUGUCUAGCUAUCUGCCUCUUCCCUUCAGCUGGGAAAGUGAGUGCUGGCAUACUAUGCAGUUUUCAUGUUUCCACAUUGAGUCAGAAAUUGAGUCACAUUUCUGGCAUCAGAGCUAGAAGUUUGCCACUUGUCUAUAGAAGAUGAACCAAAAACAAAAUCACUAAGCUAAGUAUAAAUUAGUCAAAUUCAUCAGUCUAAAUAAUGAAGGCAUGUGUCACUACAGCUCCUUAAGAAGUUAUUUUUCAUCUUCUAAGAUAAAGACAAAUUCAGAAAUGCUUUAAGCUACCAAAGUUAUUUUGAUGGUAUGGGAACUGCUACAAAUAAAAUGUUUUUAAACCUGUCAUUAAAAGUCUGCAUUGAGAUACCAAGGUAUUUGUAUUCUUUUGGGGACACUGGGUUGCUCUAGGUUUCUUCUAAUUCUCUACUGUAUAACUUUUGGUGAACUCUAUAAUUCAAUAAUAAGAAAAUACUACUUCAUUUUAAAUUGAGACCCAUCAUUUCUUUGUCUUGGAAAGGUAACUAAUGAUUAAUUAUAAAGUAAGUAAAAGGGACUUCAAAAGAGAAAGAACAGAAUUUGUUUUAGGAAUUGCACAUACAUUUUAUCCUACUAUUUCCUUGAGGAGAUAAAGAGGUAUGUUAGGAUUUCUGGUAUUAAGCACACGUGCACACACACACACACACACACACACACACACACAAAUGGACUUCUUUGAAGCCAUGUUUUAAGAAAUGAGCAAAAUUCUCAACUAUAUGAAUGCUAGUUGUUCCCACAUUAAUAUGGCCAUUUCCUACCCUCCCCCCAAAUCAGCACAAACUGCUUUUUGAUCUUAUGCCUGAUGGCACCUUAGUCACGCCAGAAGCUUCCAGGUGCUUUGACUUUCGCUUCAAGUCUGAGUGAGUGCUUAAGCCACUGCCCUCCCAUUCCCAGGCAACUCCCACGGUGAAACCAGGCACCAAGCUGUUUCCAGGUUCCAGCUUUUGUAGGGGGAUGUGGGUGUGUGACCAGUCUUGUUCCUGUGCUUCUGCCUCACAGACCUGUCAAGCCAUGUAGACAGGGGGUACUUGGAAAAGGCUGCACAAGAGCAGCAUCACCCUCAAAGGUACUGAGGGGUAGAACUGAUGUAGCUGAAAUCAACUAGAACUCUUCAAACAGCAGCUUAUUUUGCAUGAUUAAAAUGAAACAUUAAGGUGGUUAAUUGUGUAGCUUUCAGAUUACCAAUGACUGUGAGGCUUUUCUCUAAUGAGAGAGUCUCACUAUUAUUUGGGAACAAAGAGAAUUUUCAUCUUUUCUCAGAUCAAAAAUGUUUUGUAGAAUCUUUGUGGUAUAGUUAAAUAUGCCUUAUUUACCCAUGAUAUUAUUUAUGACUGUGUGCCAGGUCCUGCUCUGGCCCUUUGCUAUUGGCUGAUAAUAAUGAGUACAUUUGGUUGAAAUACUUAUUGAAUGUGCUGUUAACUGCUGCCAUUGAUAAACUCCAAAGACCUUUUUGUUUGGAUUUUAGGAUUAUAUGUGAUUUUCCUGUACCUCAGGCGCUUUAGAAGGGCAUGUUAAUUUCAGGCCUUGUACACACUGUUGUCUUGUUGGUCCUGGCUCUAAUGGCCUGGACUUGGAUGAUAGGCUCCACCCACUGCUGCCCACCCUGUCCCUUAGCUGCACAGCUAAAUUUGCUGUUGAUGCUGUCAUCUAUCUGGCAGGGACUGAAUGACCUAAUGUUGGAUUUAGAUUCUUCCUGGGGAUCACACAGCUAUGGAUGUAUUUAAUUGUAAAACUAUAAACUGUAAGUAUUGUGAAAUUGGGAAACAUUUAUUUUAAAUGAAAUUAGGUAGUGUUGCUUUUUACACCAUAAUAAAUACAUGUAUCAAAAAACUGUGUGAAAUGAAUUUUCUUAAAACAUCUAAGGUUUUCUCUUAUGCCACUGGGCUAGGAACUCUGUUGAGCACAGGGACCAUGUCCAGUUAGUUCAAGUUCAUUUCUAAUGCCUACUAUGAACGAGGGAGUAGGCAAGGCAUCAGGUGUGGUUACAAGGACCAGGAUGAGGAUCCUGUGAGGAGCUCCUCAUCCUUGAACUUGAGGGUAGGCAGGAUGUUUCAGUCCUCUAGUGGUAACACUGUACUUCUAUAGUUACAAACUGUUCAGUAAAUAUUGCUGGACUGAGUCACUGAACACAUCCUUGAAUAAGAGGAGAGGUGUUUUUCACAAUGCUUUGAACUCUGCUUGGAGAGUUGAUCCCCGUACUACCAUACCUGGGUCUCAGCUGGACAAGCUGGCAAACCAUACCUCUUAAUUCAUCAUAUGGAAAGGCAUUCCACUUCAUUGCUAACAACCCCUACUCCUCACAGCAUUCUUUCCUUUCUGGUUUAGGGUUAGCAUUUGGUUCUGUAACCAUAGAGAAGGUACAUGACUAUCAUGGCCAUUACACGUUCACCUAUCAAAGUUCCUCAUCACAAAUUUAAGUGCUUGCCUGUAGGAACUACAGUGUUAUGCCUACUAAUAUGUCAGAACUAGAGGAAACAUCCGAAAUUCCCUACUCUAACCCACUCUUUUAUUGAUAAAGCUGGGACUUGAGAAUGGGCCAUGUUACAGAACUCUUAGUCCCAUGGUCUUUCCCUACAUCUCACAACACAGGUUGUGCCUACUAUGGAUACAAUAUGUAUUUUAGCUUAUUUAUAUUAAUAAUACAUAUUAGUUAAGACCUUUCUUCUGCUGAGUUUUAAGGACAGCCAUAACUGCUACAAUGUUAAGUCCUGCAAUGUAUAGUCAACUUAAGCUACGUAAUACACACAUCACUCAUAGAUGGCAGCAGUGCACAGGCAACAGAUGUAUGGAUAUUCCCAACACUAGUGAAAAGUUAGAUUUGUUGUUGAUAAAAUGAGAUCACUUUAUUUUUGUGGGACCUUUUUAGGAGUUGGGGUCAUCUUCUUAAUUUUAUUUGUUAAUCUUCCUAGGAAAAUGAGUAAGUUCGUACAUCAUAGGUUCAGGGAAGCAGCCCAUGAAAGUACUAGGUGGCACUUAAAUAAAGGCUUUCAGAAAAUGGGACUUAUACAGUUACAUAUGGAAAGAAUCUGGUUUACUAGAUUAGAAAAGGUAUGUGUGUUUUAGAAUAGGAAGGAUUAGAAAAUUAAGGCAGUUAAAAGGGGGGUUAAAUAAGGUAAAAUGACUAAAUGGAAGCCAUUAAAGGUGGAGAUUUUGUUUUUACUUCUGUUCUGGAGCCUGACUCUAGGCCUUGUGUGGUCAGCUAUACCUCUCUCUGCCUCUCCAAGUGAUGAACAAAAAGCCUGCUAUGAAGUAGUAGGACAUGCAGUCAUAAUAGCAAAACUAUUAAGACUGCAUUUUUGUCCAAGAAAUGGGGAAAGGCUGUCAGACAGUUAAAACUGUUCUGACAGCAUAUUGGAAUAGUUCAUGAGACUAUUAAUAGGUAUUUGAUAGCUUUCUACCUCUUAGAUAGCUUUGUGUUCCUUGUAUAUACAGUAUAGCUUUAAUAAAGAAGUUUACAUGUAGUUCUUUUUUCUACAAUAAAGUAGAGCAUUUAAUUUCUCAUUAAAUAGAGUAAGCAUAUACCGAGAAGUUACUUCACCAAAACUUGGAAGCUGAGCAUCAUCAAUUCAGUAUCAUUUAGAGCUACUGAAAUUUAUCUUUGAAGAUGUUAAAAACAAUAUUUUUUGGUUAAAAUGUUAUUUCUUUGAAAUUGUUUUAUUUUUGUGUUACAUUUACAUUAUUUGUAGCUUUUGGUUAUAUUUGCUUCACAAAAAUCUUGAAGCUUUAAUAAGGUGACUGCACUAGAAUAUGUGACCCAGUGUCUUAGAAUAUCUUAGGUUUAUGAUAGUAAGGAUCUUUGUUUUUGUUUAUCAGUAUUUUCCAAACACCUAGAAUAGCUUCUGGUUCAUGUCA